AUCUUUUAGAUCUGCUAUGUUUGAUGGUAGAAUUAAAAAAAAACAAAUAACUCAGAUGCACGAAAGGUCCUCCACUCUGGCGCUUUGGGAGCGAGCACGCGCACUUCAAACUCUCUCACUCUAUGCCACACAGUGUUCUACACGGGCGGGCGCGCGCGCUGCGAGCAAAAGAGAGAGAGAGAGAGAGAGUGGGCGGCCACGCGCGCUGGGUGUCUUGCCGAGGAUCUGUUGUCAUUUAAGCGCGGGGUGAAACAUGUGUCCGGAUGUCAGGAUAGCGACUAAAUGGGUACAGUUCCGGUAGCAUGAAGCGCCUUGGGAGUACACACGCCGAACAGUCCUUGUGAAUUUUCUCAGUGUCUGCCUAGAAGUUGUUUCCAACUUUGUGAAAGUUUGUUCGGCGGCUUCCUUUCUUUUUACCACUCGACGGCCGAAACAUGGGACACCGUCCGACGACGAGGGGCCAUUCUUGCAGCACUUCACAACGCGGCUUCCUACUGCAAUGAAUGGCAACACUGUUCAACAGGGGACAGCCUCCACCGAUGCCACCCAGCCCAGAGGCUGGAAGGAGUUCUGCGAGCUGCAUGCCAUCGCCACUGCCAAGGAGCUAGCCAAACAGUACCGCAUCUUUGCCAAGGAGUGCCCGCUGCACGAUGUCCCGGCAGCCGAAAACUUCUCGGUGCAGUUCACGGACCUCUUUCAGGAGUAUUUCCGCCAUGAGGUAGGGGAGGGGGGCCCGGCCAUGGCGGCCCGCUGCAGGGUGGUGCCACUCUCUGGAGCUGGGGACUACCGGGAAGCGCAGAGACGUCUCUCAGAGGGCACACAAGGUCCGGUGGGUUCGGGGACGCCCACCGUUCACAAGGAGCUGCAGGACCGAAGGGAGCGGAGAUGCCCCUCUCUUGACACUAAUCGGGCACCCUGCCUGCUCCGCAAGAGCCGGAGCUCGGAGGAAUUCUCUGACCCCGCGUUUUCUUUGCCCGAACGGUCCCCUUCAUCCGCCUCCUCCACCUCAAGUACCACGCACUUUUCGUUUAAGAACAUCCGGCAGAGCAUGAAGGACAUGUUCAAGAAGAAAUCUGCCGAGUGCCCAGCCGCCGUAGGGCAAAGGGAGGCAAAGGAGGCUGGUGCCAGUGAAACGCCGCAGCAGAUAGAGACUGCCAGGGUCAGCCGACAGAGCUUGUUAAAUCUACUGAGCGCAAGGUUAUGCACGCAGGCUUCUCCUCGGUUGGACGAUGGCCUCAAGGUGUGCAGGGAGGGACACCUUUCUUAUCUGAUGGUGGACGAUGCCACCUUGGAUACCCAGUCUCACUGGCAUCGCUGUAGGCUGCUCCUGAGAAAGUCCUGUUUGGCAGAAAGUGAGGAUUACCAGCUGGAGCUUUUUGACCCACCCAAGAGCUCCAAACCAAAACUGACUGCUCGCUGUUGUGACAUCACUGAAAUCCGAAGGUGUAACCGUCUGGAGAUGCCGGACAACAUCAAUACCUUUGUUUUAAAGGUUAAAAGUCUGCCCGGGAGCGUCAUCUUGGAGACGGACAGUGACCAGCAGCUGUAUUCCUGGACAGCAGACUUGAAGGACUGUAUGAACAAGGGGUCAGACGAACCUGGCGGGGACAACCAGUCUGCGUCUCAAGCUGAUGUCAUACCCGCUGUUGGAGAAGGCAGCUCAGACUCCAUCAACCAAGGUGCAGUACAUCUGCCUUUUGUGGCCCAGCUCUACCACAAGACGGACCAAUUCCUCUCCUCCUACCCCUGGUUCCACGGGCAGAUCUCCCGCGUCAAAGCUGCCCAGCUGGUGCAGUCGCCAGGACAAGACGGACACGGCGUAUUCCUGGUCAGACAGAGCGAGACCCGGCGCGGGGAGUACGUCCUCACCUUCAACUUCCAAGGCAAGGCCAAGCACUUGCGCCUCUCACUGACAGACCGAGGUCACUGCCGGGUCCAACACUUGCGCUUCUCAUCGGUGGUUGACAUGCUCAACCACUUCCAGCUCUCGCCGAUCCCGCUGGAGUGCGGAACACCGUGUGAUGUCAAGCUGUCCAAUUACGUGUUGGCCAACGCCCACUCCCAAGGUGGAAGUGCCUCCGGUGACACCGUCCUGAUCCCCUUCUCUGUGCACAGGUGGAACUCGGAGCCCAGUUUGGCCCACUACAGCGCGACCAGCUGCCCCCGGGCACUUACACUUGACAGCCUCCACCAGCCCGAGCAGAUCUUCCACGUGGUGUCUCCUCAAGAGCUCUCGGGGGCACUUCGGCGCAGUGACUCUUUGGGCCUGCAGGCCCGCCACCGUCCGCAGAGGGACUCCGAUUAUGAACUAGACCAGUCUUCCAGGGGGCGAAAGCGAGCCACUGACAAUCAAUAUAUGUUUCUUUGACACAAUGCAAAAGUGUGCAAGAGUGUGUGAGUGUGCGAGUGUGUGUGUGAGAGAGAAAGAGAGAGACUGAGAGGAAAAAAAAAAAAAAAAACACAGGGAAGGACUGCUGGCGGGAGGGCACGGCCGGGGACUCCAUUUAUGAAUGUAUUUUAGGUGGGUGACCUGAACGGCGCCCCAGGACCCCGGGUUUGUCCCACCUGGGCCUGCGGCAGCAUCCUCUCCCACACACACCUCAAAAGUAAGUAAAUGAACAUUUCUCAGUGUUAAAAGCUUUGCUCGCCUUGAAAAUGUUCCAUUUCCUUUUUUUAAACGGACAACUGACGUUGUCGAUUUUUAAGGCAGUCACCCGGGGUUGGGGGGGCAGUAACAGCAUUAAGCUUGUAGGCCUGUCUGUUAACUCUGCAGGGCUUUAGGUCUCAGCCUUCAUGGCGGCUCUUCAACUAAGGCCCCCUUUCUUUCCAUACUGUAGCUUCAAGCAAUAAAAGUUAAGACUUGAGUACCAUUAAGCUAACAUCCUCUUCAUGGUGCCUUUAAUCUGGCUGGCUGGCUGGCUAUGGUAAGGGAGGGACGGAGGGACGGACGGACGGAGGAAGGGGGCUUUCUGUAACCAGGACGGUAACCAUGUCUGCGAGUGAUGGACAGUAAAGACUUGAAGAACGUUCAUCAGGUCCCAAUCCUCUUUAACGCUAACCUAGAAACGAAGGCUCAGCUGGUGAGCGCAGACCCCCCUAAGGUUCAUUCCCCCCAAUUUUUUUUUUUUUUUUAUUUAUAAUUUUUGAUUCUCAGAUGUCACCUUUUGCAAGGCAGGAACCAAAGAGGCCGACAUUAGCAGCGACACUCAUGUUUUGUCGUUCGUUAUGAAUGUUGGCUGUCCAAACCCGAGGCAGCAGGUAGAGGGUCCUCAUCUCUUUUUUUUGUUCAUUUAGACCUCUCCACUUGUAAAGCAGGAAAACCCAACAUGCAAACUGGUGCCGCCAUUUGCUGGCCCCCGAGGUGCCUAAUGCUGUGUUGACGCGGUAUCGGGACACUCGGCUUACGACGUUUCAGUGCAUUCACAUGAUGAUCCAUUUGGACUAUUCGGAGAAAGGCGAGGUCGCUGUUGAUUUGUCACUUGGUCUGGUUUUCAUGAACACGCAAACUCCACGCAGGGAGGACCCGGGAAGUGAACCCAGGUCUCCUAACUGCGAGGCAGCAGCGCUACCCACUGCGCCACCGAGAUGAAAAAUCACGAGAGAACUACGUACUCAGACACUCCUUGCAAUUCCCAGCUGUACUUUGAAACAAAGAGUUUCAGUCACUGUAGCUGUUAUUGUAACUUCCCAGCAUUAAGUUUGGUUGAAUGAUAUAGCGUGAGACCAGCUUGUUUAAUAAUGGACUAAAGUAAGUCUUUGUGGUGUGAAAUACACUUCUCUUAUGUCACCUGAAACCAUUUUCAACCUUAUCUUCUUUGGCUCUCAGAUCUGAAGAAGCCAUUUCUGGCCGAGCGCGUUCUACUCCAUCUUCUAUAAAUAACUCAGGUGAAAGGUUCCAGCUUAUGUUGUUAUCUCUAACUUGACCGCCCCAUUCCCGUUGACUCUCCAUCUCUCCGGUAAGCCUGUCUGGGAGGCCGACUAGACGCAGCGUCCCAAAAGGCGAAGUGCAAACCUGUGCCCUGACAACAGUGCGGUGGCAUUUGGUGCAACUAAAAACACCAGGCGCUUUGUAGUGAUGGCAGACACUCUCUCAUUGGAGGACAGAGAUGGUAACGUUUAUGAUAUAAUAGAAGACUGGCGCCUAAUGAUGUGAAUAAUGUCCGGUGGAAACACAUCUCGCGUUCCUCGUCUCACAUAAUCCAAUUCAGUUCAUGAUUUAGACACCAACAACGUGCAGGGAAGUAAGUGUUCGCUACUCUGAUGGGCUGUUUCUCUAAGAGUCAACAGUCUCAAUUUGAAUCUCAGGUUGACUCUAACAAUAUACAAGACGUAAUAAAGUGAAAGACGACAACAUUCUGGUAUUUAUUAUAUUUUGGUAUGAUAUGAUUUCAAGCAUAGUGCCAAGGAAAGGCAUUCAUCUGUGCCUAUAAAAAGCUAAGGGUCGUCAUUCUGUUACACCAAAACUCGCCAACCACCAGGCCUUGGGCCUUCGUCUUGGUCAAGAGCUUAGGACUCGACACGCCCAUUAUGGUGCGAGGUACCUCGCCAACGUAAUUGAGCCCCGAGCUCAGACUGCCACACGGGCGUGUGCCACAGCUGAGGGGAACAACACAGUGACAAGCGGAUGUGUGCCACAAACAGCUUUGAGACCCACACUGACACUGACCGACAACUCUGUAACAUGACAGUGCAGUGAUUGGCACAGCAGACACCUGCUGGAGGGGAAGCCCACCCAUUCUUACAGGAGCCUCACAUCAAGCCAGACAGAAGGGACGUUUGAUGCGAUGACAGGACACUGCACCACAUGCCAAAGUGACAGGUCAGCCUGACGAGCAACUCCGUAAUUGACACAGUGACACGAUGGAAAGAAAAGUGACACUGGACCAGCAGGUCUCCUAGUUAAUAAUCUCUAUAAACAAAUCAAUCAGGAGGCAGGACUGUGCUUAACUGAGGACUGGGUGUAGGGGACGCUCAAGAGAUGUCCUUUAGCACGGGAGGGCAGAAGCUCCUCCUGAUGCUCUCUGCCUUGGCCACAACACUGCAGAGCCAUUUCUCGAUUCAGUCCGUUACUGGGGUGGGACAGAGCGGGACCCUGCACUGCUUGGCGUGACUGACCUGCAGGGACAGGAAAGCAGAUCUGUUGGUGGCCUGCGCUCCGCUGUGCUGCUUUAGACAGCGACAACGCAGAAGAUGCACAGGAGAACUUCAGAUUUCUCCAGUUCCCUUAGAUGGCGCCCUGCUUACUUGACCCAACGUUGGAAAAGCUGUGUCCAUGGCAGAUCUAACGAGAUACGAUGUCCAAAGCUCACCCUUGUCACCGUAGCCCUGUUUGUUAUGGACUGGCGUGAAGGACGCCUGCCACUUCCUGCUGAACCGUCACAGGUCACUCAUCCAGUCGUAUGCUCACAACAUGUGAAGUGCAAAAACGUUACAAAAUAGACACUUCCAGAAAAAUCAGUGGACACCCGUAAACUGGAAACCUAAGUCACACAGAACUGAGUCUUUGAAUUGAAGACAGGACCCUUGACCAAUGAUACAGGGGACAGGCAAAAGGAGAAACAUGUCAAUGUAUUUCCAAUGUCGUUUGCCGUUGCACAGCAUACGAUCAUCGACUUAUUUUAUCUCUGCUCUGCAAGAGUUCAAAAAUUUUCCCGGCCAUCACUACAAAACACAUGUGGCAAAGAACGUGCCAUUGUUGGGUGGGGUGCAGUUCAAUAUGUGACGUCACCCAAAUGUCUGGGAUGCCUCCAACAGCCUUCCUGGUUGAGAUGGGCCACAGGGGCCAUUAAAAGAGGAAAGCAAAAACUCUGGAGGUUCCUACGUCACUUACACGUCUUGAAGCUUCUUGAGGGGGUUUCAUCCUAGCUAAGACCCUUUGUUUUAAUAUUACAUUUUCAUUUACCUCGAGUAUUAACUUCAGAAGUUUACUCCCCCAAGAAUUAACAGGGGUCUUCACGUAGACUUGGGAUUUUCAUUUGUUUCGGACACCCGACUAAAAAAAGCACAUACGUUUGUUACGCCUUAUUUAAUAACGUAAGCAGUUUGCCAUUUCGAUUUUCACACAUGUAAAUGUAAAUGAAUCCUGGACGGCCUACCCUGGGCCAGCAAGCGCAGAAUUCCUCCUCCACCUCCUUCUUGUUCCUCGGGUACAUCGGUUGCCAUCGCACUUGUUUAGUUAACCUGGGCUCCACUCGCCGAUCUAUGCAUAUUAAAGCCUUUCUGUUCUUCUUGUUUUUUACUACAACAUACUUAACAAAUAAAUCUGGAUUACUCUAUUCAAA